UUUCUUCGUCAUAUUCAUGGUUGCCUGCUAAUGAAAUUAAUCUUCGCCACUCGGAAUUUUCUCUUGGCCUAAAUUCAACAUCCAAUGGGUAUCUUCGGCAACGAUUUCAUAAAAGCGAGAAAAAAAACGCGUGUAAAGCUAUUCUAUUUCUAUUUCAACAUUACCGGAUUCAUAUGUGUGUGUUUAGUUUAAUUUUGGAAAUAGGAUCAAAAUUUUUCGAAAAUAUUUAUAUCAUUUAUUCAAAAAUAAUAAUGAUUAAGUUUCUAUUACGUUUGCCAUUAAAUCGUUAUGUAAUCACUGCAUCAGCUCUUGGAGUAGUUGGUUCAACAAUCUGUAUUAUAACCCUUAAAUAUAGCCAAUAUUCUGUGUUACGAAAGCCAUUCUGUGCGAUGGCCAUCGAAGAAAUUAACCGUAAUGAAGCAGCCUUACGAUUAGUCGGUGAACCAGUAAAAAUUCAACCACCAGAUUUAGUGGAUAAACAACGUAAUCGUGUUGGUCAGGAUCAAGCAGAUUUUUGGUUACCAUUUCAAGGUUCAAAACGAAAUGGUCUAUUACAUAUCGAAGCUGAUCGAAUUGAACAGAAAAAUCAAGACAAUAAUGGCAAUGAUAAUGAUAAUGGUUGGCAAUUGAAACGAAUCGAAAUGAAAUUAAAUGAUAUGCCAGAUAAAUUAUUGAUUGUAUAUAAACGAAAAAAAAUUUGCUCAUCAAUGAGAAAACCAUAA